AUGAGUUCAAUGGAACCUUAUCGUGAAGAAUUUCUAGAAGAAUUGGAUAAAAUCAGACAGCAAUACAGUUUUGGACAAUCUCAAUAGAUGUCUUAGAGUCAAUAGAAGAAGGUGAACUUGCAAUUCAAAGUUACCGAUACGAAUGAUAUUUGGAAUAAUAGUAAAUAUUCUGAUAAUAAAUGGAGAGGGAACCUAACAACCACAUUCUAUAAUAAGGAGCACAAUGCUAGUCAUUAUGAGGUGAACUCACUUUUGAAUCCGGAAGUUACGAGAAAGAAUUUCAAUAUGAGAGCUACUCAGAUAUCUGAAUAUUCAAAUGCGAAACAUAACAAUACAGUGUUUGUGAAUCCCAAGUUUACAAGUUGCUGA